AUUCCAAUUUGUUUUCUAUUCGUUAUUUUUCAUAUUUUGCAACAAAAAUGGAGGCCCAGAUUCCACCAGCUUCGCUCAAGCCACUCUACAGGGCACUCCAGUGUCUCUCGCGGAUCGGAGGUGAGAUCACACUCGAGGCGCACGCUGACCGGGUGCUGCUAACAAACACCAGCGCGUCGCACUCCGCCCACGCUACCAUCACUCUGCAUCAGCGCUUCUUCUCAGCUUACACGCCGCCAGCAUCCACACUCUACUGCCGGCUGCAGGCCAAGCUCCUCAUGGGUAUAUUCAAACCGCGCAAGCCCAACCCUGCCAGCAGCACCAGCGGCAGCAGCACCAGCGGCAGCAACUUUAGCGCUGGCGGCAGCGCAGGGUCGGUUACACCGCAUACGGUUGUGCGGUGCUUGCUGCGCAUCGAGCAGUCGGAGGCUGGCGGGCCAGCGUCCACGGGCGAAUGCCGGCUGGUCGUGCGCAUGGAGUUCCGCGAGGGAAUCUGCCGCACCCACCGGUUGUUCUAUGAGGCAUGCAGCGGGUUGGUGAUGGACUACAGCCAUGACGACUGCAAGAAUCGGUGGCGAGUGGGCGCUAAGGCUGCAGCCACGUGGAUUGGCCACUUUGCCCGUGGCUUGGAUGAAGUCUCAAUGCGCAUGACGCCGACGUCGGUUCUGGUGCGCAGUUGGGCCGAAGAUCACUAUGCGUCUGCGGCCAUUGGCCCUGUGGCUGCCGGGGUUCCUGACUUUGCGCGCUCCUUGCAUACCGAGCUGAGCAUUGAUCCGGAUGAUUUCGACCAGUACGUGGUGGGCGGCCCUGUGGAGCUCACCAUGGGGAUGCGCGAGUUUCGCGCUAUUCUAAUAUACGCUGAGGCUGUGGCGCUACCGCUAGAGGCGUUUUUCAACCACGGCGGCAGCCCGAUUUUCUUCAGGAUCGGCGCACAGGGACAGCGGGCGGCGCCCGAUAUGGUUGCGGACUUUAUCGUGGCCACUGUCGGCGAUAUCCUGACGACGGUUUCUAGCGCUUAUUUUGGCACCUUUACCACACAACAACAACAGCAGCAGCAGCAGCAGAGGCAUGUGGAGCAGCGCGUGAGCCAGCUGAGCGUCCAUGAUACAGCCACGCCAUUGCGCGCCAUCAUGGCGCAUCAUACAGAGGAAACCCCGGCGUCGCAUAAAUCGAGCUUCCACCAGGAUCGCAUCAGCGACAGCGGCAGUGGCAGUCGGCUGUGGCCUCCUCCGAGCGCCGCUGACUCACUUCUGCGCACACCCACGGACGCCAAUUGCGAGGAGCGGACCCCACGCGGUGUCGUAGCUACGACAGGGAGGGAGUAUCGGCUGCUGGACAUGCCGCGCCCUUUGGUUCCGCCUGGGGUGACGGAUUCGCAGGAGAUGAGCCAGUUGGAGAGUCUGGAUGGAAGCAUAUUGGGCGCACCGCCUGGGAUGGUCCAGACAAGGUUGCCGUUUGCUAAUGCAGGGCAGCGGAAUGAUGAGGCUGAAAGCGACGAUGACAAUGACGGAGAGAUCGAUGCUACACCACCACCAUCGUCUAAACGCAUUCAUAUUAUUUGACAUUUUUUAAAUAAAAAUAAAACUAAAACAUAAGAAAACAGAGAAGAUUCGAUAUUACCAUAUGUCCUUUCUGUAAAUAAAUGUCCUUCGAAUAAAGGCAAUUCCAGUUGCACAAAUAGAAAC